AUGCCAAUCAGUCGGAGAGUUCUGACGCCUGUCGCGGCCGCUCCGGUUAUCUUAGCCGUCGUUUGCUAUUUAUUCUGGUCAACUAUCAUCGAGCCGGACCGUUUAGAGGGUACGAAACACGUUCUUCAAGUGGCUAAGACCAUUCCUCUCCCCGGCGUUGGACCAGAGAGCUUAGAGUUUGAUUCACAAGGUGAAGGCCCUUAUGUCGGUGUCACCGACGGUCGCAUCCUCAAAUGGCGUGGCGAAGAACAUGGCUGGGUCGACUUCGCCUACACUUCUCCUCACAGAGAUAACUGUUCGAGGAAUCAAGUAGUACCAAGUUGUGGAAGACCCUUGGGACUUAGCUUCCACAGGAAAACAGGAGACUUGUACAUUUGUGAUGGUUACUUUGGGGUCAUGAAGGUCGGACCAGAAGGAGGCUUGGCCGAGUUAGUCGUUGAUGAAGCCGAAGGCCGCAAAGUUAUGUUUGCGAACCAAAUGGACAUAGACGAAGAGGAAGACGUCUUCUAUUUCAAUGAUAGCAGCGACAAAUACCAUUUCGGGGAAGUGUUCUACGUGUCUAUAUCCGGGGACAAAGUGGGAAGAGUAAUUAGAUACGAUAUGAAGAAGAAAGAGGCCAAAGUUAUAAUGGACAAACUUCAUUUACCUAAUGGUUUAGCUCUAAGCAAAGACGGAUCUUUUGUAAUCACCUGUGAAGGUGGUACGGGUAUUCUCCACAGAAUAUGGGUCAAAGGUCCUAAGGCCGGGACCACCGAGGUUUUCGCCAAGGUCCCUGGCCCUCCGGACAAUAUCCGACGUACCCCUACUGGUGAUUUUUGGGUCGCGUUGCACUGCAAGAGCAAUUUGUUCACUAGGUUGUUUCUGAUUCACUCUUGGGUUGGAAAGUUUUUCAUGCAUACAUUGAAGUUGGAGACAGUGGUUCAUCUCAUGAACGGAGGGAAGCCUCAUGGAAUAAUCUUGAAACUCUCUGGAGAGACCGGAGAGAUUAUUGAGAUGCUUGAGGAUAGUGAAGGGACAACGAUGAAGUAUGUUAGUGAAGCUUAUGAGAGGGAAGAUGGGAAGUUAUGGAUCGGGUCUGUGUAUUGGCCAGCCGUUUGGGUUCUUGAUAAAUCUGUUUAUGAGGGCAACAAAUGAGUGACCAAACGCAAAAUGAAUAAAAUGUUCGUGGCGUGGUUUGUUUACUAGCGCAAUGCAUUUUGUUUUGUAUCUUUUGUUUUUGUUUGUUUCUGUUGUUAUUGUUGUGUGAGUGGACUUUGUUGGUAUUGUUGUUAUUGUUGUGUGUGUGGAA